AAAUACUGUAAUCUCUGCGUGUGAAGAGGUAGUAAGAUGCUUGCAAAUAGUUGUCUCGAAUUUUGGUACAGUCAAUAUGCAUUUCUCUUGAUUGCUUUUGUUCAUCAGAUAUUUGCUUCACAAAAACUAAAAAAGAAGUUAUGAAUGAGAUUCUUUACCUGACAAACACAUUUAACCAAGGAACUGCAAGUGAUGAUGCUGCGGUUGGGUUCAAGCUGGAUAGUUUCUCAAAAUUAAGUGAUACCUUUUCUCCUAACAGCAACAUGAUUCUAAUGCAUCAUCUUUGCAAGGACCUUGCUUCUAAGGCACCAGCUCUACUGGACUUCCAUAAGGAUCUUGAAAGUCUUGAAUCAGCUUCAGAGAUAAGAUUGAAGUCUCUAGUUGAUGAAAUGCAAGCGAUAAAUAAGGGGUUCAAUAAACUUGAGCAAGAGUUCAUUGCAUCCGAAAGUGAUGGUCCUGUUUCUGAAGUUUUCUGUAAAACAUUGAAGGAGUUCAUUCCCAUUGCUGAUACUGAAUUAGAAAAGCUGUUGAGACCUUACUUGCUUUCGGCAAAAAAUGUUGAUGCACUUUUGGUUUAUUUUGGUGAAGAUCCUUCCCUUUGUUUAUAUGAACAAGUUACUGCAACACUCUUGAGUUUUAUAAGGUCGUUUAAGAAAGCACAUGAAGAGAAUAUUAAGCAAGAGGAGUUGGAGAAGAAUGAGAAAGCUGCAAAGGAAGUGGAAAUGGAGAAGAAGGAUUCAAAUUCUUGAUUAUCUUUGUCCUGUAAACAAGAAAAGACAUGUUAACUAUGUGAUUGCAACUAGAUUUCAUGUGUGGUUUGGUUUAUUACAAUCGUCAUU